CGAAGAAGCGCACCAGCAGACACAAUUUUUUUUUGUCUCUUUUGUCCACUCUUUUCCAUCCUUAAAAGGUGUUUCAGUCUCGUCUUUUGCUGCUUAUAAUUGACCUCUGAUCCUGUCCAUUGCACAAGAACAAGAGUGCUAUAUUCAUCACCAUGUCGUCACACAAGACCAGUGCUUUGGCUAGCUCUACGGCUAAUACCCAAACCCUUGAUUCUAGAGCAUCGACAAAGCCGCGUGAAAAAUGGCCAUUUUGGUAUGGAGGUUUCGGUGGUGGUGUUGCUUGUAUCUGUACGCACCCGCUGGAUCUUGCGAAAGUCCGUCUCCAAACUGCCCCUAUUCCUAAGCCAACUCUGUUUCAAAUGGCUGGAUCUAUUUUGAAGCAUGAUGGUAUAACUGGGAUCUAUUCUGGGUUGUCUGCGGGCUUGCUCAGACAGGCCACCUACUCGCUGACGAGAUUUGGUGUCUAUGAAUACUUGAAGGACAAUUAUGUCCCUGCUGAUAAGCAAAGCUCGAUGUCCUAUCUAUUACCAAUCUCCAUGUUCAGUGGUGGUGUUGGUGGUAUGGUUGGUAAUCCUUCUGAUAUCGUCAACAUCCGUAUGCAGAACGAUACAGGUUUGCCAAAGGGUGAGAGACGUAACUAUAGAAAUGCAUUUGAUGGUGUUUACAGAAUCAUCAGAGAAGAAGGUGCAUCUGCUCUGUUCCGUGGCUUGGGUACAAACUUGUUUAGAGGUGUCCUCAUGACAUCCUCCCAGGUUGUCACUUACGACAUCGCCAAGGAUCAACUCAUUAAGCAUUUGCAUAUGAACAAGGAUUCAUUUGCAACGUUCUUUUCCGCAUCUUUAAUCUCUGGUCUCGUUGCUACCACCAUUUGUUCUCCAGCUGAUGUGUUGAAGACGAGAAUUAUGAACUCCAGUGGUUCCGGUGAAAGUGUUGUUCAAAUCCUCACACAUGCAUUGCAGAAUGAAGGUCCAGGUUUCAUGUUUAGAGGUUGGUUACCAAGUUUCGUCAGACUGGGUCCAAACACCAUCAUCAUCUUCCUGGUUGUUGAAGAGCUCAAGCGCAAAAGAGUUGGAAUGUGAGCGUGUUGAUCAUUGUUGUCGAAUAAAAUUAAUUAAUUACACUGGACACGAGUGAGGGUAAGGAUGAGUUUCACACAGUUAAUCUGACAUUGCUCUUCACAAAGUAGUCAUAAUAAUAUAAAUAACAUCAUAAUAAUAAUAAAAAAGAGGAUCGUUAAAUAGAG